GCAUAUUAAUAUAUGUUUUUCCCUUUCAAAGAGACUGAAGAAGCGAGCAAAGAAAACGUUGGAAAAAAAGGGAGGAUAGCUAUAAACGGAAGGCAAGGAUAGGAAAAGAAGUCUUUUCUGGAGUCACAUCAGUGUUGAAAGAAGGUUUCUGUUCAGAAGGGCUUGCGCAUGAAACUGACUGCCCAGCUCCAUUGAAUAUGGGGUCAUCUAAUGCUGAAAAAGGAUUUAGUGGUGGCCAUUCCUCAAGCAGUAAAUUAGGUUUAAAAGAAGAAUCUGGGACAUGCAACACGUGUGCUCCCUCAUGCUCACCAUGUCUGCAUUCUGAACAAGUGACGUCAAUGGCAACUAAGACCAAUGGUUUUUCAGGUGAAGCCUGCAAAAAAAAGGAUAGUAAUUGUUGCUCUUUUAAUGAUGCUGAUUUGUCAUCUCCUCGGGUAAAUAGUGCUUGCAAUGAUAGACAUCAUACAAGCAGUGAGACAAGCCAGCCUCUCAGUGCAUGUUUGAGUCGCGAAUCCUUCUCUGAAAAUGCAGAGAGUGAAGAAACAUUGAGGGAUUGUAACACCUCCGAAGGCAUUAAGAUGAUUAGAAAACCAAACUUGUGCCAAAAUUCUGCUGAUAAUUGUGGUUCAUUGAAAUCAUCAAUCUUUCAUGAUAAGGUUGUCUCGAAUCAGCUUGAGAAGCAGAAGGAAUUGGAGUGUCAUGGAGAUAACAUCGCUUUUAUUUGUGGAUCAGACUAUGUGAAGACAAGGGGUGGUGGCCAUAAUAGUGAUGCAGACAAGAAAAAUUUGUCUUAUAGAUCAGCUUCAGUUGAUAGUUUCUCUGAGACUGAAAAGGCAGUUAAUGCUCAGCCUGCUUCUUCUUGUUUAGUUGGUAGUCCUUGUGACGAGGUAGACAAUAAUCAUCCAAGGAGGUCAAAUAGAUCUACCAAUGUGUCUUCUCAGGAGAUUUUGUGUUGUUCAAACAAAUCAGACUUAUCAGAAAUUUCAUCCUUGCGAGAUUCCUGUGCUGGAGCUAGCUCGGCAAAGGGAGAACGUUCUGACUGCUCAGAGGAACAAGUCCAAUCAUCUUUCGUGAGAGCAGAUGCCCUACGGAUUGGCAGUCAGAUCGGUGAUGAACAUAACUCUGCUGAAUCUAUUCAACCUGAAACUGGAAUAAAUGGAGGAGAGCAAACAGCUGAAGUAAAGUCCACUACAGUGGUCAAGGACGUUAAUAUGGAGGAAAGUACUAUUGUCUCAAGGCCUUAUGCUUGUAGUGAUGGAUCUGACAGCUUGGAGUUGGAAGUAAAAGUUUGUGAUAUAUGUGGUGACAUAGGACGAGAGGAGUUGCUUGCUAUUUGUAGCAAGUGCAAUGAUGGGGCAGAACACAUUUAUUGCAUGCGGGUAAAGAUGGACAAUGUCCCCAAAAGUGAUUGGAUGUGUGAGGAAUGCAUGCUCGGUAAAGAAACUGAGAAGCAAAAGCAAGACAAAAUAGAGGAAGGAGUUGGGAUAUUUAAAAAAUCAAAUACUUUGGAACCAGAAACCAAGGUUGAGGAAAGCGAAGCAUAUAAAGUUAGUUCAAGCCGUUUGUUCUCUUUUAAGAGACCUGCUGGCGGUUUACAAGUAGUGAGAAAGAGGCCUUUUGAAACAGUUUUGAAAUCACCUAGCACUUCAAGUUCCAGCAGCAAAACUUCAAUGCAUCAAUCUGGAGGCAACUCUUCUAGCACUACUCUGAAAACUGUGUGCAUUCCUACUGAAUCAAGUAUUAAAUCACCUAAAUUGUCAUCACAAUCUCAGGUGUUGAGGGGAUCUCUUUUGAAGUCAAAAUCAUUUUCUGCUAUGAGCUCAAAAGAGGAUGUCCAGCUGCUCAAGGAAGGUGGUAGCCGCAUGCAAGGAUUUGCUAAAGACACUGCUGCAAGUGACAGCAAACGGGGAGUUCUAAUGAUGUCUAAAUCAAUGUCAUUGAAGAAUAUGAGGUCAUAUGGUGUGAAUAAUAGUAAUGCUGAUAGCAGAUUAUGUCCUAAUUUUUCUCAUGGUGAGGAUUUGAAGAGAUCAAGGCAUGCAAAAGGACAGCAUUCAACCAAUACAGAAAAGAAAUUGAGAUUAGCCAACAGUGAUUCGUUUUUAUUAGUGGCUGAUAAAAGAAUUGCAUCUCCUAGCAACAAUAGUUUGCGACAGUCUUCCAGUUCCUCUUGUCAUGAUCUAAUUGCUGUGAAGGCUCAUGAAAUAUCGGAUAAUUCAUUGAAAAUUUCUGGUCACUCUGCACAAGGAGGUUCUGCAAGUGAAGAGAAAAAGAGAGUUGUCAAUGUGAGGCGGCAUGCUGCGUACUCUGUAGAAGUAGUGCCUGCCACCUGUACAAAUCAGUCAAAUGCCAAUGUCCUUCCUGAUGAACAGCCUUGCCUCAGAGAUUUGUCUAUGUUUGCGUCUUCAUUACAUAUGCCUUCUUGGAUUUCUGCUGUUCCACAGCUAGAUUAUAUAUGGCAAGGCAAGUUUGAAAUUCAAAGGAGUGGAGGACUUCCAUUUACUUGUGAUGGAAUUCAAGCACACUUGUCAACGUGUGGCUCACAUAAAGUAGUUGAAGUAGUGCAGAAACUGCCUCAAAAACUAUUGUUGGAGGAAGUACCUCGAUUGAGCAUGUGGCCAACUCAAUUCAUGAAAAGUCAUGCGACUGAAGAUAAUAUUGCUCUCUACUUUUUUGCAAAAGACCUCAACAGUUAUGAGAGAAGCUAUGAGAACUUGUUGGAUAGGAUGAUUAAGAAUGAAGUCAGCCUCAAAGGGAACUUUGGCGGGGUUGAUCUUUUAAUAUUCACUUCUAACCUACUUCCAGAAAAAUCUCGGCGUUGGAAUAACUUGCUGUUUUUAUGGGGUGUAUUUGGAGGAAAGGGGGUUCAUUGCUUAGGAAAGAUUCCAGGCAUGUCUGCUUCUGAGAAUUUGCUCCCUCCUGGAAAGUCAAGUGAAAGUAUAUCCGCAUCCUUGGUAUCUUAUAAUACUCAACAAACAUUAAACUCCAUCACUUUGCUCGACUCACAAGCAGUUACUUCUGGAAGAAUGGUUGAAGUUUGUGAAACCAAAGCUUCUUGGGAACAGAAACCUCCAGAUUUACAAACAAGUUGCAGUCAACCAAUGGGCAGAGUUGAUGGUGAAAUGGAAAAUGAGCAGUUUUCCAGAGCUGACUCAUCUCAGUGUUUCCUGCAGAGGCAAGAAAGAGACUCGAAGAGAAGACCCGAAAUUGAUCUCAACAAUUCUCUUCAAGAAAGCGAAGAAUAUGCUGAAGAUUGUACAGAGGCUGAUGGAAGAAAUGACUGCAAGAGGUUGAAGAGUUGUUUUAGUGGAAUGGACAUAGGUAAUAAUAAUAUUAAAGAUAUAAAUGAGAGAUGUUCCAUUGCUAUAAAUGGAAAAGUUCCUAGCAUUCCUGCUGAGUUUAAGUGCGAUGGAGCUUAUGAUAUGUUGAUAUUUUCUCCAGAAUUAGAUUCAUUAGGUGAUAAGAAUCGGUGGAAGUCCUUGCAGCAGCAAGUUGUUUCAAAUGACAGUGGGAAUCGACUAGAUUCCAGUGUUUCAAGUCUUGAGCUUAAGCUUGGGGUUGAAAGGAGUCCUUCAGAUCAGGGAAUUAUGCCCCCGUUUUUCAUGCUGAUGGGCAGUAAAGGUUUACAUGAAGGGAACUCUGAUAGAGAAACAAGUGGUGAUACUAAUCCUUCACUUGCGCUUUCCCUUGCAUUGCCUUAUCCUAAGAAGGGCGGAGUAUUGAAACUUGAUUCAGAAAUGCAGGUACCCAAGUGCCCGGAGGUGAACACUACCCUGUCUCUUUUUGGUGUAUCUUCAGACUCUUAGGUAGAGAAUAAUGGCAUGUAAAUAGAGUUCAGGACAGUGAUAUCAUGGUGUAUACUCGCCUUACAGAUAAUGACCUAUAGGAUGAUAGUUUUCCAAACUUUAAUAUGAAAUCAUACACAGAAGCUUUCUCACCUGUUUAUGAAUGGUGGAUUUACCUUUCUUUA